AUGAGCCUGACGAACCCGCCUUCCUCCGGUUCGAUCUCUGCUCGAGCCAGAACCAAUUUGAAGCGGAACCUGCAGUCCUUCGAUGAGAUGCUUGAACCCCGAAGACCUGCAGGAUAUACUAGCAAAGUCCGAGUUCGAGACCGAUAUCACAUUGUGGGUUUCAUUAGCAGCGGUACCUACGGACGAGUAUACAAAGCGAUUGGCAAAAAUGGCCACAAAGGCGAGUUUGCGAUCAAGAAGUUCAAGCCCGACAAGGAAGGCGAAACCAUCCAGUAUACCGGCCUGUCGCAGUCGGCGAUUCGAGAGAUGGCGCUCUGUACCGAGCUGUCGCAUGCCAACGUUGUCCAGCUGGAGGAGAUCAUCCUAGAAGACAAAUGUAUCUUCAUGGUAUUCGAAUACACGGAACACGACUUGCUCCAAAUCAUUCACCACCACACACAGCCCCAAAGACACGCCAUACCCGCCAAGAUGGUCCGGUCAAUCUUAUUUCAAUUACUGAACGGGCUCCUUUAUUUACACACAAAUUGGGUCUUGCAUCGUGAUCUCAAGCCAGCCAAUAUCCUGGUCACCUCAAGCGGUGCCAUUCGGAUCGGUGAUUUAGGUCUGGCGCGUCUCUUCUACAAACCCCUGAACUCUUUGUUCACUGGUGACAAAGUGGUUGUCACCAUAUGGUAUCGAGCCCCGGAGCUUCUUCUCGGUAGCCGGCACUAUACCCCUGCUGUUGAUAUGUGGGCCGUAGGAUGCAUUUUCGCAGAGCUCCUCUCUCUCCGACCCAUUUUCAAGGGCGAGGAAGCUAAGAUGGACAGCAAAAAGACAGUUCCUUUCCAACGCAAUCAAAUGAUGAAGAUUGUCGAGAUUCUCGGACUUCCCCGCAAGGAGACCUGGCCAGGUCUUGUGUCUAUGCCGGAAUAUACGCAAUUGCAAUCUCUGGUCCUCCACAGGCAGCCUGCUCACUUCCACCGAGGCCCAAAUCUCGAAGGCUGGUAUCAGAGCUGUUUAAAGAAUGGCGGCUACUCGGCGAAUUCCAGUGCUGGUACACCCGGUGCCGAUGGGUUUGAUCUGAUAUCUCGUAUGCUGGAAUAUGAUCCGACGAAGCGAAUAACUGCGGAAGAAGCUCUGGAGCACCCCUACUUUUCAAACGGAGGAUCUGUCAGUGCAAACUGCUUCGAUGGCAUCGAAAGCAAAUACCCACAUCGCCGGGUAACACAGGACGACAAUGACAUGCGCACCGGUAGUCUGCCCGGCACCAAGCGCAGUGGCCUACCAGAUGACUCUUUGUUGAGGGCGGCGAAGCGACUCAAAGAAUGA